AUGUCGUUACAAACUAGAAACUACGGAAACAUCCAGGACGUGCCACUAGCGGACAUAAUUAGACCGAUUAUGCCAGUUUUAGACUCUGCUAAAAUAGAUACCAUGGUAAGCACGCUAAAGGGCGACCCGACACCUUCUGCGACGUGCACAAUGGAAAAUAUAAUAGCGGGGGAGUUGCCGCCAAUUGAUGUUCUAAUGGUGAGUGACAAGGGGGUGAAGAAAUAUUUUGCCUUUGGAGGAUGUCACAGGUUCCAAGCUUAUGAGAAGGCUGGCGUGCCCAUGGUGAGGUGCAAAGUUUUACCAAGCACUAAAGGUCAGUUGAAAGUUUACUUGGGAAGCUCUGUCGACAACUUCUUUGAAUAA